AAAUAAGAGAGUGCGAGCGGAGAGAAUUUCCCACGGUGGAAAACGACAACAAACGAACGAAUGCUGCCGCACACGACCGAAGCCACUGGCUGUUGUGGACGGCGAUUUUGGUAGCAAGCUGGGCGACUGGGCGAUGAAUCCGCCAGCGGAUGGCGUUCAGUUAGGAUGUGCAGUUCCAGCGGUGCGAACGUGUUCCGGGCGCGCCAAUUGGCCAAGUAGCCGAAAGCAGCCAAAAGAGCCAACCAAUUUCAGCCGGAACGGCAACAGUUUUCAACUCGAAGACAGCGCCAAAAUAUGCCAACGCCUGAUUGAGGGCCAAAAUCGCGGUCGUGCGUUUUUGUGUAAAUAAACAGAAAACAUCAGAUCAGAAACCACAUUGAAAUCAAAUUCAAAGUCGAGCCGAACAAAAACAUCAGCGCAUCGUUUAUCACAGAGAAUAAGAUACAGAUCCGCACAAUUUAUUUUUCGGUUUCAGUGGAAGAGCACAAGUUAUUCACAUUUGUUUUACUAAAUGCCAGCGUGCGGAGUGUCUGACCGAUGAGUCGGCCAGCAGCGAGCGCGUAACGUAUACGCCAUGUGAGCCGGAUCGAUGGGAUCGUAUUCCGGCCAAGCCACAAUGCCAUCCUCCUGUAAAUAGCCAGCAGCCUUUUCUACUCGCGUCUCUGUCAAAUGUGUGUCCGUGUAUCCGCCACUGUAUAUACUGUAGACUCUAAUUGUUUAAACCACAAUAAAAAACGAAACCAAGCAAAGAAUAAAUAAAUAUAAAAAAAAAUAGAAACGCGCGUGUUUUGGCCACAGAACGCGCAGCACACACAAGUUUCGGUGCAAAAACGGGUAUAAAUAAGCGAAAUAAUAAUAUGCGAAUGCUGUAGGAAUACUUAAAUUAUUAGGAUUAAUCGAUUGGAAUUUCGCGCGCAAUAAGAACUAAUUAUAAACACGGGCAGCAUGGGACCAAUCAGACUCUAGAGCUAGCCACGCAUCCACAAAGUUAGUUGGACGAACGCUAUCACGAUCACGAUCACUAUCACGAUCACAAUGGAUUAUAGCCGACUGAAUGCCAACAUCAAUACGGGCAACAUCAGCACCGAUGACUUUCUGGCCGUCUUCUCGACCGGAAAGCCGGACAAUGCCACCCUCAAUCCGCCCCUGCUCAGUGUCGAUGGUCAGCUGACCCUGCCGCCGGGAUCAGGAUAUGUCAAUGUCAAUGAUACGAUAUUCUUCCUGAAUGGCAGCUUCUACAACAGCAGCCUGCAGCUGGCGGCGGGUUUCUAUAAUCAAAGCAGUGCUUCCGGGGCGACAGCGGGCAAUCUGACCAAUCCGAAUCACACAGAAGUCCACUGGGAUGGCCGGUAUCCCAGUGGAUAUACGCUUACGCACAUCGUGAUCGCCUCCAUCAUUGUGACCAUCCUGAUGAUCAUCAUCGUGGUGGGCAACAUGCUGGUGAUCAUAGCCAUUGCCACGGAGAAGUCCUUGAAGAAUAUACAGAACUGGUUCAUUGCAUCGCUGGCGGUGGCCGACUUCUUUCUGGGCCUCAUCAUCAUGCCAUUCUCGCUGGCCAAUGAGCUGAUGGGCUACUGGAUCUUCGGCAGCUGGUGGUGCGACAUCCACUCCGCAAUGGAUGUACUCCUCUGCACCGCCUCGAUCAUGAACCUGUGCCUCAUCUCGCUGGACCGCUACUGGAGCAUCACCAAGGCCGUCGACUAUCUAAAGUCGAGAACUCCGGCGCGAGCCGCCGUCAUGAUCACGGCGGUCUGGAUUAUGUCCGCCCUCAUCUGCAUACCGCCGCUCCUCGGCUGGAAGGUGAAGAUGCCCGAGGGACCGCUGCCGAAGUGCGAGGUAAGUGGCAAGUUGUGCUCCUAAGUGGCGCAAUAAUCCACAUCCCAUGCGAAAUUGACGCCAAUUGACGGCAAUUGACGUUGCCCCACCGACAAUCGAACAAUGAAAAUUCAGACACGGGUUGUGGAAUUGAAAAGCAUCGUGUGUGUUGCCCAAUUGGCUGUUUUCUAGAUGAUGUGUAUGGAAUAUGGAGGAUUACUUAACUUUAAUGAAAUUCUGUUCUUCAAACCAUAAUCCACUAAUAAAUAUUUUCAAAUUCUUUGAAUAGAUACAAAAAUUUAUUUAUAAAUCACCACAGAUUUUUAGUUGAAACACACAGUUAAAGUCUGUGUCACUAUUAUUUUUUACGAACUUUUUUGAUGGUUUUUUAACAAGGCAUAUAUUUAGCUGAAGAUUUCAGGUCUCAAAAUGUUUACAAAAAAAGUCUUUAUAAAGUAGCACAUAAUGGCAUUUUUAUUUUCUUACCAGUCUAGGAACAUCUGUAUAAAAAUAGGCCAAAUGUAUUCAUAAUUUAUUUCCGUAAUGUCUUAAUAAUUUACCGUGGCUAUUUUAAGCAAUAUUUUCUAGCCCGAUAUAGCCACUUUUUGCACGUCAAGAGAUGCCAUCGCUGCCGAGUACUUAUAUUUGCGAACAAUAAAGCGGUGAAUGGCUAAAAUGCUGGCCAAAAGCUCGGCUAGCAACAUGCAAAGCGCAAAAUUGCGGCCUCUUUCUAUGCAAAUUUGCAAGUUGUCGGCACGAUUGUCAGAUGAUUCGGCGAUGCCUUGGCUGUUGGUGGAAACCAACCCACAUUCACAUCCCCUCGAUUCUUGGGUCACGCAGGGAAUAAACGCAGAAAUAUUUAUGCAUAUGAGUGGUGGCUACAUUCCGAGUGUGUCUAAUUCCGCCAGCUGGAGGCGCCCCGACUGCCUAAUACAGAUGCAAACGACUCUAAGCCAGGUCCCAAAAAGUAGGCUAUAAUGCAUAAAAAUAUGCGCAUUAUCAUGCGGGUUUGCCAGUUGCUGAGUUUGAAUUUCUGUGGAGCACAUACCACCAUGCAUAGAAGCCUUUCAGUGUGCAUGUGUGCCUGUUUGUGGGGCAAAAACGUAACAAACUAGCUGGAAAAUUCAGAAGAGAAAUUCCCCCCAUUCAAGGCAAGACAAAACAUCAGUAGCUGCCACAAGCUGCCUCGUUUUUUCGGGAAAAUUCCUUAAAUUUUGCCACUAAUUGAAAACGCCCUUCACUAGGGAAUCAAUCGAUGCAGUCACUCACAUACUCGCCGAAGUCAACGAGAAAAACGCUCAAUCACAACGACUGACUGACUGACCCCUUCGACUGCUGGCUGCUAUUGGCACAGAAUUCGCUUCUGGCCCCCCCAGGAAUUCCAGCUUUAAGUGGCCAUUUUGCGCAAUGGAACUCAGCAGUGGCAAACAAUUUAAAUCGUUUAAAAAACUUUACACCGAAAAGCUGUGCCAGUGAAUGAAAGUGGCCAGUGGUGGGUUAAACCACAAUAUUAUUUAUUGCAAUCAUGAUAAAUGCGAAGCAAAAUGGAAAAUGCAAAUAGCCCGGGGCAUUCCCCUCCAUAUCGUUUCUAUCUGUAUCUCGCCUGUCUCCAGAAUUCUUGAUUAAUUUUUAUAUUUUCCCUCCACACGCACAACACACACACACACAUUGGACAGCAAAUAAAAAGCAGAAAAAAAUGAGAACAUAAUAAAGUAGCAGAACAUAAUAAUAGAGUGGAUGGCGAACGAAAAUAUCCUAAUAUAGAGGACUGCUUACGUAAAGUUUGCCAUUCAAAUUAACCUUGAGACAAUAAAGGCGCUGGAAACUGGGACGAAGGCACUUAUUUACGAUGGCCAGCGUCCAGUUUCGCAUAUUCCGGCCAAAUGCUGGCACAUUAAUCAAGCCUAAGUGGCCCGGAUAAAGUUCCAGCUACGGCGAAUGAGCAAACAUGUUUUUAGCCCAAUUUUAACCAGUCUAAACAGCACAAAAUGACAAUUUUUAAUGGCGAAACUUUUGUACUUACGGACAUGAGUUGGCCCGUUCUACGACGCUUACAGCCAUCGACUAACUUCUGAAUCCUUAUUCCACCUUAUUCCGAGCACUCAAAUCAGCAUGGUGACAACAAAUGCCACAUCAACCGGGCAAAUCCACUUCACCUAGCAACCGACUACUCUGAUAAAAAAGAAAGAUACAUCUAGUUUUCAAUCAGAUACUUUCUACGUAAAUGUAUCUUGCAGGUGGUAGAAUUAUACGAGUUAGAUGUUCGCAGUUAUAUAUAAUUUCGGUUUUACUAAGAUUAAAAUUGACGAUUGGCCAUUAAUGUAAUGCAAAUUAUUAAAAUGUUGACCUGUAAUUUUAA